UUCCUAAUUAAUUAAAGUGAGGUUCAUCUCUCCCGAGCAAAUGCAUUAAUACCAAUAUUAUCAGCCCAUAUUAGUGGUUAAGUGCUACGGCUGCUAACCAAAGGGUCGGCAGUUCGAAUCCACCAGGCAGUGCUUGGAAACUCAAUGGGGCAAUUCUACUCCAUCCUAUAGGGGAGGUAUGAGUCGGAAUCGACUCGAGAGCACUGGGUUUGGUUUUCUUUUUUUAUUAUAAUAUUUGUGCAUGUCUCUGGAACUAAGAGGUGUUAGGUAUUUCUCAAAUCGUUGUAGUUCGCUAGGGCAGAGUAUUCAUACCCUUUCUGAUGCAAACUCUUUUUCUCUUGAGGUAAGCUGGGCAGACAUAUUUGCCAAGGAUAACUGAGAAUGUGAGGGCAGUCCUUUACUCUGCAGCUUGUGCAGGCUGUGUGCUAAAUGUAACUCUGAAACACACCCUAUAAAUAGCAGCUCAUUGUCAGCAUGUGUGAAAAGACAAGAGUGAGUGUGUCCUGGUACAAUUCAGGCCUCAUUAAGUGGCUGUGUCUGGGCAGGGCUGUAAGCGAACAGCCACUCCAGCUGAUAAGUCUAGUCAGCAGGCAACCGGGAGGGUUCACCAGUGGAACCUGACAGAAGCUAGACGAAAGGGAAGCUGCUCAAUGCCCUUUUCUCCUCCACCAUGGCAAAAAUCAUCCUGAGACACCUCAUAGAGACUCCAGUGCGUUACCAGGAGGAAUUUGAAGCUCGAGGUUUGGAAGACUGCAGGCUGGACCAUGCUUUAUAUGCACUGCCUGGGCCAACCAUUGUGGAUCUUGGAAAAACCAAGCCUGCCCAGGCUCCUCAAGUGGACUCAGUGGCCGAGAUGCAACCACAAGAAGGUAAAUCCCACUUUCAGGUCCUGCUGGAUGUGGUCCAGUUUCUCCCCGAAGAUAUCAUCAUUCAGACCUUCGAAGGCUGGCUGCUGAUUAAGGCUCGACAUGGAGCCAGAAUGGAUGAACAUGGCUUUAUCUCAAGAAGCUUUACCCGACAGUAUAAGCUGCCAGAUGGCGUUGAAACAAAAGAUUUGUCUGCAAUCCUCUGCCAUGAUGGAAUUUUGGUGGUGGAAGUAAAGGACUCAGCUGGGACUCAGUGAAACCUUGUCGGUCCUGUUAAGACAGGACAAAGAAGAUCAGAGUUCUGCCAAUGGUACCACGUGAAUGUUUGUAUUACUCAUGUUUGAAAUAAUUUACCAUGAUUUCUAUGAAGAUUAAAAAUAUAUUCAUAGUUCCUGGUAUGUUGAGGUUGUCUUUAUUGUUCUAACUCAGAGAGGAAAAAUGGUUAAAUGUUGUGCCUACAGCUCAAAGUGAUGCUAUUCUUACAAUUGAACGUUGACAAUUUAGGAGUCUGUAGUUUUAUACUA